AUGGCUUCCUCCUUCGCAUCACCCUCGGGAUUCGUAUCGUCUAAAAGUUCUGCGUCCUCCACUCCACGUCUGCGCAUUAGCACACGUUCGAGACGUAGUAAAAGUGGAAAUGUCAAAGUCGUGGCGGCGAAUUUUACGAGCAAAAAAGCUUCCUCCUCUUCUUCCUCUCCGUCGUCGGGAAAGAAACAGCAGCAGCAACAACAACACACACAGAAAGGAGAAGUGGUGAAGUUUUCAUCGUCCUCGAAAGGCAGAAGAGGAGGCUUGGAUGUCGAGAGCAAAAGAACUUCCCCGAGUAAAGACCAACCGCAUUUAUACUUUGACGAGGCGGUAAUAAUCGUCUCUGGAGGAAAAGGAGGCGACGGCGAAACGUUCAAGAAAGCAAAACCGAAAGUUGUGAAGAACUCAAAAUUCAAACGCGGAACGCAACAGGCGAAAUUUAUAGAACUUCCAUCGGCAGAACCUGCGGAUGGUGGGAUUGGAGGGUCCAUAUAUAUCGUGUGCGAUCGAUUUACGGAUUCGUUGUUGCACUUGCACGAGCGGAAAGAGUGGCGAGCGAAACGCGGGUACCACGGGGGAGCAGCUGAAUACGCGAAGCCAGGGAGAGAACGACACAGAGUCGCGCCGGAAAUGGAACCACUGUGCAUCAAAGUGCCACCGGGAACCGUGAUACGAAAGAAACGGAGUGGGGAGUUGAUUGCGGAUUUGACGCAACCGGGAGAAAGAGUUUUGAUAGCGAGAGGUGGGAACGGAGGUUUAGCAGCCAGACGAGCAGAAAAGGUUGCGGGAAGCGAAAGCAUGGGUUUAGGAGGAAGAACAAAGAAAGAAGGAUACGCGGAUGAUUUCGAAAUAUCGACGGUUGAAGUUGAAUCAAAGGCGUGGGAGGCGACGAAAGGUGAAGACGGGGAGACUAUGCAAAUCGAGUUGUUGAUGCGAGUGGUCGCGGAUAUAGGAUUGGUAGGUCUUCCAAACGCGGGAAAAUCGUCAAUCUUAAAAGCAAUCACGAAAGCAUCGCCAGAGAUUGCUAAUUAUCCGUUCACGACGUUGAUGCCGAAUCUUGGCGUCGUCAACACGCAGAAAGACGAAGAGGAUGAGCUUGAAAAACUUUUAAAAAUGGCUGAUAACGGAGAGUUGUUGGAAUCGAGUGAUGCAAAAAUUAAAAGUCAAACGCCAACGAUUGCUGAUUUGCCCGGUUUAAUAGCCGGCGCGCACAAAGGAAAAGGAUUAGGACGUGCAUUUCUCAGACACUUAAGGAGAACGAACGCGAUGGUGUGCGUCGUCGAUGCGAGUUCGCAAGAUCCUGCGGGAGACUAUGCCACCGUGCGAGAGGAACUUCGUUUGUAUAAUCCAGAGUAUGUCAUACGACCGCACGUUUUGUGUUUCAACAAAUGUGACGUCGAAUGGGCGAAAUUGCGCGUUCCUGAGCUCAUUGAAAGCGUGGAAAGUAUGGACGAAGAAAGAGUUGGAAGUAAACCGGUGAAAAUAUUGGCCACUUCGGCCGUAGACGGGACAGGCAUGGAAGAGUUAGCGAAAGAAUUAGCCAAGUUAAUGCCAAAGUCGUAG